CUGUGAGUUCCUCUGCUGUUUAAAAGGCUUCCAGCAAUGCGUUUCCCAACACGGACAUGGAGCUCGGUUUACUGCGCCCUUGGCCCUCCUGUCUCCUUCCUACACUUUUCUUCCUCUUCUGCGUUUAAAAAGCAACCCAACCUCUGCGCGUAAAAUUACUCCUCUUCUCUCGGCAGCAUCAAACUUUAAUCCACUUCAGUUUUUUCUCUCCAAACUUGCCAUCUUCUUUCUAUCUAAUUUGAAUUAGCCCCUUUAAACAAAUCUCCCCAGUUGUGCGCGGGUGUCCGAUCUGUGCGCAAAAAGGUGCCACAAAGCGAUUUAUUGUCAUCCGCGGGUCUGUGAUCAUUUACCGGAUUUUUUCAAAAAAGUUGGAAACGCCGCGUAAUCUUGCGAUCCCUGUUAAUACACAUUUUUUUCUUUAAGUUGUAUGUCUUUUUUGGACUGCGUAGCCCAGAGUUACCAUAUGGCAUAAAGGAGAGCACAGCUGGAGGUAGCGUUUCCAUUGCGGUGAUGUCAGAGCAGCUGACUCCACAGCUUGCAGUGUAAUUAGCAAACAGAGCACCAGUUUACUCACUCUGCACUGGUCUCAUUUUUUUUCACGUUAGCCUCCUUCCCCUCGAUGGACGAGUGCUCCCGUUCCCACAGCCGCCUGCUUGUCCUGUAAACACCGCUGCUUUGUGUGCGUUUGGAGAGAAGGAGGAGAGAGAAAAAAGGAGCACCGGUGCGCCACUUAUUUUUUUGGAAGCGCAAAGAAGUCCGACCACAAAGCGGAAUACUUAAGAUAAUCUGGAGAGUGGGUCCGUUCACGCCGUGAUACAUGGGUUAUGAAGGAAGAAUGGAGUUCCCAGACCAUAGCCGCCAGUUGCUGCAGUGUCUGAGUCAGCAGCGUCACCAAGGUUUCCUCUGUGACUGCACUGUUCUUGUCGGGGAGGCUCGAUUCAAAGCGCACAGAGCCGUGCUGGCCUCCUGCAGCAUGUACUUCCAUCUCUUCUACAGGGACCAGCUAGACAAAAGGGACGUUGUGCAUCUCAACAGUGACAUUGUGACAGCCCCAGCUUUCAGUCUGCUCCUUGAAUUUAUGUAUGAGGGGAAGUUGGAAUUCAACACUCUGCCAGUGGAGGAUGUCCUGGCAGCAGCCAGUUACCUCCACAUGUAUGAUAUAGUGAAAGUGUGCAAAGGCAAGCUGAAAGAUAAGGAACUUUCCUCCCUGGAUGAAAAGAUGGGAGAGGGUUUGGGACUCAGCUGUCUGGACAGGGAAAAUUCCUCAGAUGGCGAGCUGCACAGUAAGCAGCUCAUUCGGCGACAGCCCCAGACACUGUCUCAGGGGCUUCACAGGGCCCCCCCAGCAGAAGAGUUUGACAUGGACAACAGUGAAGUCAGGCUGGCUGUCACAGAUUGUGAUAGGUCUACACAGACCAGGCAGAAGGCAAACGGUCACUCUGGCAGGUCCCCGGACCUUGUAGGUGUCAAUUAUGUGUCAGCAGAGGCCGAGCCCUGUGUCCAAACAGCUGGAAAAACAAAAGCUGAUGUCAGUAGUUCCACCGUAUUGCUGUCCCAGAGGUCCCGGGCUUCAGAUGACAUGGACUGUGCACUGGAUUUGUCUUUCAAGCCUCUGUCUAGCAGAGAUCCCUUACACCCCUCCUACGUCUCGGGACAGCUGGCCCUCGACAGCCAGCAGCAGGGCACUGAGCCACUUGUUAAAGACGAACACGACUUGCUGUCAGAGCAGGAGGACAGUGAGCCGAUGAGCCCUGAGAGCCAGCGCUUUGGGAAUAGUGCCAGGAGCUCAGUGGUGACAGGGUUCGCUGCCCUCUUCCCAGGCAACAACGGCUCCACAGCCGCCCUGCUCUCCCAGGAGGAGGACCUGAUGGACGAGGAGGGGGAGGCCUGCCGGGGGAGGGAGGGCGCCCCAGGCAGGGAGGUGGUAGACGGGAGGGGUAGACUGCUGGGGGACAGCGAGGAGGAGGAGGAGGACGACCUGGCCUCCUCAGACAUCUCCACCUCCAGUGGGGUGCUCCUGCCCCCGGGGCAACAGGUGUGUGUGUGUCCCCUCUGCAGUAAAGUCUUCCCCAGCCCCCAUGUGCUGCAACUGCACCUCAGCUCACACUUCCGCGAGAAGGACGGAGCCCGAUCCAAGCUGUCCCCCGACGGCUCAGUUCCCACCUGCAUGCAGUGCAACAAGACCUUCUCUUGCAUGUACACUCUGAAGCGCCACGAGCGCACACACUCUGGCGAGAAGCCAUAUACCUGUGGCCAGUGUGGCAAGAGCUUCCAGUACUCCCAUAACUUGAGUCGGCAUGCUGUAGUUCACACACGUGAGAAGCCUCACGCUUGUAAGUGGUGUGAACGGCGUUUCACUCAGUCUGGGGACCUCUACCGCCACAUCAGGAAGUUUCACUGUGGCCUUGUCAAGACUCUCGCCAUUGGAUAAAACACCUCUCACCAGUGCCAUGACAUAAGACAGAGUGUCUUUUCAUACACUGAAUACUACUACUGAACAAUUCUCCCAUUAGUAUACACAUGUUGGCAGUUUGUUGGAAACAUGUCUUUUGGAUUCUACCCCAUGUGGCAUUUCUCAAGUUAAAGAUGUAGCAACUUUAAACUGGAGCUGUUUUCUGUGCUGGACUGUGUCGUAGGCGUAUGUAAUGGUCAGAGGCAGUCAGUUUGAGGUGCUCGGGCUGUUAAGAUAAAACUGGGUGCUGCGAAACUCAAAGCUGGAUGUGUGUAGACAAAGGUGAACAAAUCAGAUGAUGCACUUGUUUGUUUCUGUUUUGUUUGUGUCAGUCUGUCGAGUUUAUUUGAGGAGUGUAUUUGCUGAAAGGAAAAGCCUCCUACGUUCGUACCCUGUGAGCAAAAUGGGCGAUAGCUAAUGCUAACAUACGUUAAUACAAUCGUCAGAGAGACUUUAUUUGUGCACGUGGGAGAUCAGAACCGUCCGUGAGUAGCAAUAUAUAAUAUUUUUUAACACCUGCAUUAUUAUUAUUAUUAUUACUAUUUAUUUUGGGGAUUUUAGUCCUUAACAACUAUCACAAGGCAGCAAAACUAAUGAAGUUUGACUACUGCAAGUAUGAUUUUGUUUGUGGAAGUAUAAUUUUUUUUUGGUUGAAAUGAAGUUUUGUUUUGUAAUAAGAAGCAGGCAGACCAUCGCAUCACCAUGCUAUUUUAUUCUUUUUUUGUUUUGUUUUACCUUGGGUUAAGUUACCAGCUCUUAGGUUGCUAAUGUGGGUGAGCACAUUGAUGGAUUGACCUUAUAAUUGUGACUUAAAUAGACGUAUAAUGAGAAGAGGGAUGGAGAGUAGUUAAAAGCUAAUGCCUGUAACACUGGUGCCUACUGAAAUUCUUAACACUUCACCUAGUGUACUUACUAAAACUAGAAUGACAUGUAAUACCAUGCCAUGCCUUUUCUUUUCUUUUUUUUUUGUUUAGGCCUUUACAAAAUAUAGAUUACACUCCACACACCAGGUAGCAACUGAGGUCCACUCUGGAACUGAUCCGCGAGUGUCCUUUUUUAAUUAGACAAUUUACAAGAAUGUAAAAAAAAAAAGUAGAUCCAGCUCUUGUUAAUUAAAUGCUUAUUGACUUGUCUGCGUUAAAAGCAAGUCAAGUCCAGCAAAUUACCUUGUUAUUCCCUGGUAUGGCAUAAAGGGUACACUGUCAUGCUGUUUAGGACCCUCAGCAGGCAGAGAGGGGACAGAAGGAGACAGGUGGAUGUUUGUCUGUUGUUAGCAAUGUUUGUCCAUCAAAGCUCGGCUGAAUCUACUGACUUUUCUUUCUUUGAAUUAAUCCAUUACUGUACAUGUCUAAGUUACUACUGAUGAAGUUGGAGCCUUUUAGUGAUGCUGCCCUUGAAGGAGUCUCUGGGCAGCAAAUGGAUAUCUUCUGUCUGUUCACAUAGAUGCUAUAUGGAUUCUUACCAGGGGUGUAGCACUAAAAGUUCAUGAUAUUUGUCUAAUCUGUCCUGAGAAGACUUGAUCAGAAUUUAUUUAUUAGUUUGACUUGGUUCAGGGUUUACCGUAGGUGUAGUUCUUAUUUCUAUAAGCUUGAAAGACAUUGCUGUCUUGCCUAGCGAUCUUGGUACUCAUUAACUGGUAUUGGGGCUGUCCAUUUUUUUUCUCUCUGUGCAAAAUCGAGUUACUGUAAUUGUAUUUUAAUAUAUUGUGUAGAAAAUCUCUGCGGAGUGUUCAAGAUUUGUCACAUGGAACAUAGAGAAGCACUUGUUUUUAGCAUGCAUAUAGUUUCAACACUAUUGUCUAGGCUGCUAUUUCUUACUAUUUGUAUAUUUAUUGUAAAUAUAUACUAUAUUUAUCAAACGGUUUUGUUUUUUUCCAUGUUACUACACACGUAAGGUCGACAGAGUCAGGUGUCUUAUUAAGGCUGCAGUCUCUUAGUGUCAUGUCUUCCCCGGGGAGUUUGGUUCCUCUUCCAUAUUCAAAGAUUUUAUUGGACUCCGCCUCACUACGAAUCAGAGCGGUUAAUGCUGCUCCGACUGCUGUUCUGCCAGAGGAAACAGUUGUUCACAAGCACAGCCACACUGAUAUGGCACCGGCUACCUAUAGAAACGAGACAAUACAGGCAUUGUUCACCCCCCACCAAGUCCCAGGUAGUUCUCAAGGGAUCAUUGUGUAUCUCUCUCCUGGCUGUGGGGGAAAAAAGGCAGUUCAAGUCUCUCUUUGCACUUUUCUGUAUUGAAUGGAGCCAUUGGAAUGUGAGAAAUGUAUUUAGCAAAGGGAGACCAAGGAGACUGUAAACAGGUGUAUUGUUUGGAGGCAUCAAAGAACAGCCCCCCUCCAUCCCAGCAUGCAGUAAAUAAAUGCUUCAUUGUUCCGCCACAUGCAGGAGAUAUGACUAUGAAUUAUUAGAGCAUUGCGCUUCAAGUGCCAGAUUUGGAAAUAUUGUUGAGAUUGACAACAAUAUGUCUGCUGGCUGUGGUGAUUGAGGUCAAGAGUCCAUUUCAGCUUAGACACCCCAAGGUGGUUUUCUUUGGACUUCUUUCAGGAAAACAAUUGAAUUCACAUGUAAUUUCUGAGAAGGUUUUUAGAUGUUUGUUUUCUUUUUUCUGGAUAAAGACCAAGUCAAGAUGGAAUUACUGCAAUCUGUUUCACUCCCUGACCUGAAGUUAGCAAUGGGGCUCGGAUGAACAGAAAACACUCCUGUUGCUUACUCGCCUUGCCAGUUAGAUCACUUCAGUUAGUCAUCAGAGUGGUAGAUAUAUUUCAGAUACGUAGAUGUUACGUAGUGCUGAUGAUGUAUAUUUCAAUCAGAGCACACAGGAAUGUAGACUUCGUCUGUUUUUUUUAUUGAAGGAACCUUUUAUGUGGUGCAAGUUAAAAUUUGCUUGAUUCUCUAAUGUACAUGUGUACAGAAGUAGACAAACUAACGACAUGUAAAGAAUUUUCUUUUUGUUUGCAGUCUUUAUUUAUACCUCCAGGAUGAUCACCAAAUGUGCCUUGUAGACACACAAAUAGGUGUUGCAUCUGGAGAAGCCCUUUUUCUAUAUUGUGCAUUUUUGCCCUUGACUGCGGUUAUGAAGUUCACAUCACAGCAACAGUGGCCCGCUGAACAUUCACAACAGUUUUUUUUUUUUUUAAAUCAUAUCAAAAUGUUAAUGAAGACAAAACUAAAAGUCCAUUUAUUAGUGCUGCUUUGCGAGAGAUUAAGUUUUGGAAUUUAUGUGAAUAAAUUUGUUCUGGAUGUGUUAAACUGAAGUCAAGCAUUUUUUUGUGUGUUUUGGCUUCUGUCAGCCAAUACUACUGGGAACUAACAAUCCGUUCCUUUUUUAUUUUAAUGUCACUGUUGAAUGUGAAACACUGAAAUUUUGAUUGUUGACUUGAAACAGUGCUACUCUUGAUCGAGGGCUAUGUUCGCCUAACUCAUGCUGUAUGAUCUUUGAAGUCAAAAAAUGACUGAUACUGGAAUUUUUGUCCUCUGCAGGUUACAACUGUGAAAUUGUGUAUAAUCAUGAGAAAUAUUUAUUAUUGCAUAUGCUUCUUGUGUAACAUUUGACUGUCUCGGUUUUAAUUUGGUUUAAAAAAAAAAGCUUAUAAAUGUCAAAUGAAAAUCUUUUUAAUAGAAUUUGUAGAAGUGCCAUUAGAAUUUAAUAUAAUUUUUUAAUAAGAAAGGUAUAUUUUAUAGUAAUCAAUUGCUUCAGUGUUAGUGGUGUAGAGAUUAGAGGACAAUCUUUAUGCAGAAUUGACAUUGCUUAGAUAUUGAGGCAAUUUACUUUGAUCUAUAAUUGUAUGUGCAUUUUCUUUGUUUGCGCUUUUGGAGUGUGCUUGUGUGCGUGUGCUGUGGAAAUGUGACAAUCUUGAUUUAGGUCUUUAUUAAGAUUAUACAUAGAAUUAAAUGGAACAACUUUC